GAAGCAACUGAAGUAUAAAAAAUAUGGAUUAAGAAGACUCUUCAUUUUGAAGCUGGGAGUGACUUCGAUCGCCUUUGUUUAACGUCUUUUUUCACUCAAAAGAAGUUCUUCGUGGUCUCUAGAAGGGUUUAGGAGCAUUUACUGCAAAAGGUUCAAAUCAUGGCACCUUGUGACUCCAAACAAACCACUCAACAAGAGAACCAUGCUACCACUCCUGGCAAAAAUGACCAACAGCCAGAGAAAAAGCCAUUCAAACGACAGAUUGUCUGGAUUAACGUGGUAUUCAUGAUUCUCCUCCACUUGAUGGCACUCUAUGGCAUUGUUCUCUUUCCAAGACUUAAAAUCCUGACGAUGUUGUGGGUGAUCCUGUGUCAUCAUUUUGGCGGCUUAGGUAUCACCAUGGGAGCUCAUAGACUAUGGGCUCAUCGUUCCUACAAGGCCAAGUGGCCCCUAAGAUUGAUUCUCAUGGUAUCUAAUAGUAUGGCUGCACAAAAUGACAUCUUUGAGUGGUCCCGAGAUCAUCGUGUCCAUCACAAGUACUCUGAGACUGACGGCGACCCACACAAUGCCAAAAGGGGUUUGUUUUUUUCACAUGUUGGCUGGCUGCUUCAACGAAAGCAUCCUGAUGUCAUCACCAAAGGAAAAGGAAUUGAUUUGAGUGAUCUGUAUGCUGAUGAAAUAGUCAUGUUUCAAAGAAGACAUUACAAAUUGAUAUCCCUGAUAGCAUGUGUGGUAAUCCCUACAAUUGUACCCUACCUUUGGGGGGAGAGUCUGUGGCUGUCCUACUUCACUGCUUUUGCUUUAAGAUACGUCUUCACUCUCAAUGUCACGUGGUGCGUCAACAGCCUUGCUCAUAUGUUUGGUAACAAACCCUAUGAUGUCAACAUCAAUCCUUCUGAAAACAUGUUGGUAAGCGCAUUAGCUGGUGGUGAAGGUUUCCAUAACUAUCAUCACACAUUCCCACAGGAUUACGCAACUAGUGAGUUUGGUACAAAAGUAAAUUUUACAACACGAGUGAUCAAUUUUUGUGCUCGAAUUGGCUGGGUGUACGAUAUGAAGGUCACUCCAAGAGAAAUCAUAUUGAAGAGAAUGAUGAGGACUGGAGAGCUAAGGCACACUAAAUCAGACUGACUUGAACAAUAACGUACUGCUGCCUAAUUGAGGUGAAAAAAAUAAGUAAAAUUAAAAUAUUUUGCUUGUCUAAAUUAUAGCGAAAAAUCUUUAAUUAAUCCUCGUAGCUUUGGUGCAAUGUUUUCCCAUUUAUCUGUGUCAUUCCCAAGAGUAAUUUUUAAUUUCUUGAGUGGCUCAUAUAUCUUAUGAAUUUAAAAAAGUCUGUUUUAAAGUUGACAUAUAUUUCAAAUAUUGUUAUGAACAUAAAUUUGGCAAUUUUUUUUCAUAACAUUGAUUUUGCUCAUUCCGUUUUCUACAAUUGCCAAAAGCAUGAUCAUCAGCAGUCUGUUGAAAAAAAAUAGUAUAAAUAUAAGCUAAAGGUUUACACCAUUGUAUUUAACUUAUACCUUUGUAUAAAAUGUUUGUAUAGGAAAUCUUACAAUCUCAAGUACAAUUCGAAAUUUAUAGUUACCACGAGUGAAGAAACAUAAUCUAUAGGACUGACUGCGUGGUGUGAAAAUAUUGUUUGCAUUCUCAAAGGAGGGAGUAAAUGUAAGAAAAGGGAAACUAAGUAAAACCAUUUGAUUUAUUGUUCUCUUCUCAAUACCUGAAGCUCAAUUCCAUGUGACUUGGAAAUUCUAUAAAAAAGCAUAUAUUUUCAGAAAACUUUGCAACAAAAAGGUUCAAAAUGUUUAAGAAAAAUAAAGAUUUAAAGAUGGAAUUUCCUGUACUCUAGUUUACAGUGUAUGUUAAAAUUAAGUGUUGAAUUGUAAAGUUGUAGGUUGUAUGUGUCAUUCUCGAAAUGACCUCCACUUUGUCUAUUGUUACAUUUUAUAGUUAAUAAUGAUAAAAAAUAAUAAUAAAGAACAAUUUAUUUGCA